CGGGCACGUGUAGUACACAGCCGUGUGGUCUUUCUGGGGGAUCCUGGACUAAAAUGAACAAAUUGCGUGACAAUUAGAUUUUGUUGUGGAUUUUUCAACCAGUCCAGUUUCAGAGCGAUGCGCAGACGUUCUGACGGGGAACCAUGGGGACUCGUUAGACUAGUCAAGAAUUUGACUGCAGAGAGGGAGAUUCAUGACAAAAUGUCUAAUUAAAAUAGGCAUUUAGGUCUCCUCUGGUACUAACUUUUUUUUUAUUUUUUUUAAAGCGAAUCUUUACUUUCACGUUGCCUUUUUGGUGCACCAGCUGCUGAACGGCAGUGUCUGGCUAGCACAUGCCAAGCAUCGGCUCCGUUUGCUCACAUCCUCAUCGGCCACUGGAAAUGAGUACCGAACCCAGAGCCUGAGCAGCGUGGAGCCGCGUAAACGGGCACUUGCACCGGUUCUUCUCGUAGGUCCCCGUGAGAGGACGAGGGAGUCUUCCUUACUACGAAAAAGUAAUCGUCAGGAGUCGUCGCCCGCUGGAAGCAUGGAGCAGGACGAGGAGACCAUGGAGGUGUCGAAAAAAUCCGUCAUCGCCAAGAUUUUCAAAGUUCGCAAGCGGCGGGAGAUGCUUUUCGUGCAAGUCUGCUUUAUCUGCAGUGUGCUGGGCAUGGCGUGGUGCAUGUCAGCCCUCCUGACGAAGGCAGGUCAUGGGAUGUUGGUGGACGGGGGCCAUGAGGAGCCCCAUCAGCAGUAUGAACCCUGGGGCUGGGGGCGGAGACUCAUGGCAGAGGCACACGACGACAACCAGACCGAGCAGAAGAACUGCACUGAACCAGCUAUCCACGAGUUUCCAGAUGACUUGUUCACCAAUGCGGAGAGACAGAGUGGAGCGGUCUUGGUGCACAUUGCAGCGGCACUCUACAUGUUUCUGGCCCUGGCCAUCGUGUGCGACGACUACUUUGUCACAUCUUUGGAGAAGAUCUGUGAGAAACUGGACCUGAGUGAGGACGUAGCGGGAGCAACCUUCAUGGCGGCAGGCAGCUCAGCGCCUGAACUCUUUGCCUCUGUUAUAGGUGUGUUCAUUACACAUGGUGAUGUGGGGGUGGGCACCAUCGUGGGCUCUGCUGUCUUCAACAUCCUCUGCAUCAUCGGCGUCUGUGGAGUCUUCGCUGGACAGGUGGUGUUUUUGACCAGGUAUGCAGUGUUCCGAGAUUCCAUCUGCUACACCUUUUCUGUGAUUGCACUCAUUGUGUUCAUCUAUGAUGAGAAGAUAGUGUGGUGGGAGUCAUUGGUGCUCGUGGUCAUGUACAUGGUAUACAUUCUCAUUAUGAAGUUCAACAGCUCUUUGCAGCGCCUGUGUACGGGGAAGGGGAGAAAGAACGUGGCCAAUGGGAAUGCGGCCAGCGGAAGCGAGAUGGAGGAUGGUAAUGGUUGCUAUGACAAUGUCGGGGACGAUGACCCCACUCUGCCGUUGCUUGGUGCAGUGAAGCCCACCAAGCCGUACACCCGCGGCUCCGUGGUGAUGGUGGAUGAGAUCAUCAACGCCAGCCCCCCCAAUUACCGCUUCCCGGAGGCCGGCCUGCGCAUCAUGGUCACCAACCAUUUCGGCCCAAAGACACGGCUCCGCAUGGCCAGUCGCCUCAUUAUCACUGAGCGCCAGAAGUUGAUGCAGGCGGCCAACGGUGUGGACUCUGUGAUGGUGGUGGAGGGCAAGGCUGAGAUGGAGAACGGCAACGUGCCGGAGGACAAGCCCAGCGAGGAGGAGGAGGAGAGCGAGAUGACCUCACCGUUUAGCGUGCCGCGUGGUGUGAUGAACAAGCUGAAGUGGUUGAUCUCGUGGCCUCUGCUCCUGCUGCUCUUCUUCACCAUCCCCAACAGUGGCAAGCCGCGCUGGGAGAAGUACUUCAUGCUCUCCUUCAUCCUCUCCACUGUCUGGAUCGCCGUCUUCUCCUACUUCAUGGUCUGGAUGGUAACGAUUAUUGGCUACACCCUGGGCAUUCCUGAUGUCAUCAUGGGCAUCACUUUCCUGGCUGCUGGCACCAGUGUACCCGACUGCAUCGCUAGUCUCAUCGUGGCACGGCAAGGUCUUGGAGACAUGGCCGUGUCCAACACCAUUGGCAGUAACGUGUUUGACAUUUUGGUUGGCCUGGGUCUCCCCUGGGCUCUGCAGACCAUGGCAGUGGACUAUGGCUCAGUGGUCCAGAUUAACAGUCGAGGGCUAAUCUUCUCGGUGGUGCUGCUACUGGGCUCUGUGGCAUUAACGAUCCUGGGCAUCCACGUGAACAACUGGAAGCUGGACCUGAAGCUGGGCAUCUACGUGCUGCUGCUGUAUGCGGUGUUCCUCUGCUUCUCCAUCAUGAUCGAGUACAACGUCUUCACCUUCGUCAACCUGCCCAUGUGCCGAGACGAGCUGUAGUCGACCCGUCAAGGGCUGCGGCGGCGGCUCGUCAAACGACCUCUCACGUCGCGUCGUCUCAUCGGUCCCGUCUCCUAGGCUACUUCUGUCCCUCUACUGUCUCGUUCAAUGCCCCCCCACCCCCACCCCCAUCAACCAUCAAUCAACUUGUCACGACACAUCUCCUACUUGUCUUCUCCUUUCCUCUACUAUCAACCUGUCACGUCACGUCAAGUCAUCGUUUCUGACUCCGACUCCUCUCCUCCUCCUUCUCCUCCUCUACUGGUCUCGUUCAAGGUCCUCUCCUCCGUCAUCCACACAUACAGUAUGCCUUGGAUAUUUAGAGAUGUGUCUCAAACAUGUCGCCAUUAUGUCUGGCCAUCACCAAAAAGAGGAAACUGACCUUAGCGGUCUCAACAUGUCAUUGGUCACUAACUGUUUUUUUUUUUUUUUUGUUCCUCCAUAUGCUCUUUCAACGUCCUCCAAAUUCCUCCUUGGUUUUCCCCAUUAUUGAUCCUCUGAUCUUGUCUUUUUUCCUCACAUUAAUUGCCCUUAUCCAUUUCUAUCCUUUUUCCCCUUAUAGACCCAGUCGGCAACUCUGGGCCCGCCCAUGAAAUUGCUUGUUUUCCCCCAGCGGGUUGCCCCACCCGCUGUAUGUAGUGGCUAAUUAAUAUGCCUAAUGACUGGCAGUGAUUGGCACCGCGUGACCACGGGUGGAGCAUUCAGUGGGGAAAACAAUGCAGUUUCAUGGGCGGGUCAGUGGACUGGGUCAAUUAUGUUCCUCAGCUCUUGUUUCAUUUGCAGAGAGAGAGAGAGAGAGAAUUUGUCUCUCUGGUUCCUGUCCUUCGGUCUCGUCACUUCUCGUGUUUGGCAUCUUCAUAGUUGUGAUGGAUGGAUGGAUGGAUGGAGGCGGGGCUGGAAAGUUCUCAGUGCCAUCUUGUUUUUGUUCAUCGAUUGUUUAUCAUUGUUUAUUAUUUUGUUUGAUUAUUGCCCUCCUCUCCUGACUACUGCUACCUAUGCUCUCCUCUGACCUCCGACCUCUGACCUCGCCUCCCUCCUGGGAAGGAUCUGUUUCCCUCCCUGAGAGGAGGGCAUUCUCCUCGUCAGCUCUCCUCUUCCUCGUCCUCCUCCUUCUUCCUCGUCAGCUCUCCUCUUCCUCCUCAGCUCUCCUCUUCCUCGUCGUCCUCCUUCUUCCUCCUCAGCUCUCCUCUUCCUUGUCCUGCUCCUUCUCUUCAUUAUCAUCCUCUUCAUCACCCUCCUCCUCCCACCCUCCUCCUCCUCCUGCUCCUUCUCUUCUUCCUCCUCCUGCACCUCCCCCUCCUUCUCUUCUCUUCAUCCUCCUCCUCCACCUCCUCCUGCUCCCCUGCGUCUGUCUCUCCUUAUGACCUUUUUGACCUUCACCUGACCUCACUUGACCUGGGUCAUCUCUCCUGCCAAAACAAUCAAGUAAUAAAAAUGAAAGGCAGCAUGUGCCCUCGUUUUUUGGAUGAAUCCUGAUUACUUUUUUUUCAUUUCACUGGUUUGUGGUCUUUUUACCCCCUCUGUCUCAUCAGAAAGCUUUGUUUUUGAUGUGGUGUGGGCCCCAGGCUAUGUCUGACGUGAAAGGCCCAUGGACAUCACGUGUAUAAGCACUGCACAAUUUGAACAUCUUUACAUAUCGUACAUAUGUCCUAUUCUUUGGUAUUGCUUUUUUAAUUUUAUUUUGCUGUUGUUUGCCACACCAAUAAAAGACACAUGGUUCAUGGGAGGGGGGAAAGAAAAGACUAUGGAGGAGGGAGGAAUCGGAGUGUUUGGACCAAUGCCAUUGGGAUCAUCAGUUGUCAGUCAGAUGAAAGGGAGUGUGUCAUCAAAUAGCAGCGAUUCUAUUGGACAGGCCAAAGUUUUUUCUCUUUUUUUCUCCAUAAUUUUCCCUGAGAGAUUUAAUGAGUCAUCUCUUGCCGGCUGGACAGCACCUGUCAUCUGCUUGUCAGGACGGAGAUGGAAUCCCCUAGUGGUGAUUUUUGGAUACUACGUCUUGGAGGGGAGGAGAACGGCAGCUCAGAUCUCUGUUGUCCUGGCGCGACUUUUCUCGGACUGUGACCACUGGACUCCAAAGGGUUGUAUCGAGUUGUAGUUGUAAUUAUUUAUUUUUUAAUUUAUUAUUUGUCCUUCUGUUGUUUUUGUGUCGCUGAUUUGUUUAAUGGCUGUUUGUUUAGAGAGCUGGUGUUCUCAAACGCUAUAGCGAGCUGCUUGAACUCAUGACCUCUUUCAUGGGUCAAAGGUCAACGCAAAAAUCUCAAGUUUGGGCUGUUUUUGUUUACCUGUUUUGUCUGUCUUUUCUUUGUUUUUAUUUUUUUUGUUAUCUUUUUUCAAGUUGUUUUUUUGGAAAUCAGGGAAUUACAUGAGCUUCAAACUCCCUUCUCCUUUUAAAGGGGUCGGUGUGUCUAGUGAUGUUCUCUUCUUGUGGAAAUUUACAUGUAGAUAUUUGCACUUUAAAAAAAUGAAAGCAAAGCAAGUCCUCUCUUUCAA